GCCAGUGUUGACAUCAAGAAGAGAUUAACCUCGUACGAAGAACUAAAUUGUCAGUCACUAAGUUUUUUUUGGAAGUCAACCAGAACCUAUCUUUGGAAAUAGGAAGCGCAAGAGUUUUUGAGUUACAAGAUCUACAUAACACUAAAUGUUGGCUGGAAUGUAAAGACAUUGGAAAUUGAAACUGACCUUCAGACGUCUGACGCUGUCUCUUGACUUUCUGAUUUGUUUGACUCUUCAGCAUGUCGACGUCCAAUGGAGAUUAUGUCCGGAUCCCACUCUCUGGGAGUUUUGAUGAUCAAGUAGACUCUGAGCCUCAAGGAAAUUUGGAGCACGAGACGGACGUUGGAGACAAACAGACGGAUGUUAACUAUAGCCCUUUAACUAUCAAAUUCUAUCAGCAAUACUUUGAUGUCGACACAAGUCAGGUUUUGGCUCGCCUCGCUUCUGCAGUGGUACCUAAUCCACGUACUAACUUCAUUCAAAACUCAUUGAAGCCUCGUGCUGAUCUGUAUGGACCAUUUUGGAUUGCAACAACUUUAAUGAUGGCUUCUGCAAUAGGCGGAAACGUAUCAAACUAUCUGCAAUCACGUGGUGAAGUAUCUUCAUGGCAUUACGAUUUUCAAAAAGUCACUCUGACAUCCACUGUCAUUUAUGUGUACUGGUGUUUAACUCCCUUGGUACUGCACGGGCUUAUGUACUUUCGUCGUAACAGUGUCAAGUCACAGUCAAAUAAUUCUGAAAGUGAUCUUACAGACCUGUUGGAGCGUUCCGAUAGUGAUUCAUCGUUUCGUAAUUCGAAGCGUGUUGGUAAAUUUUUCGACAUUUUGUCGACAUAUGGUUAUUCAUUGACAAUUUUCGUUCCUGUUGCUAUUUUGUGGAUGAUUCAGAUAAACAUACUGCAAUGGAUAUUGUUUUUAAUUGCAGUAGUGGUUUCUGGAGCUUUUCUGGUGUUUACCCUAACACCUAGUAUACGCAAAGAAUACCCAAAGCUUUGAUGGUGAGUUUUUGGCAUCUCUUUGUUGAAAUUAUUGUAUAUUUUAUAUUGCUCUGGCGGUCGUUCACAUCACAAUUCUGUGUUUAAUGCUUGAAGUUAUUUCUUGCCUUAAAGUAAAUAUAUGUGAAAUAUAUUACGGAGUAAUACUUUGCCAAAUGAUAACUCACUUGAAACGGUUGACUGGUCUGGAAUUCAGAAAUACAAAGCAUAUCAACACUCAACAUGUGAAAGGCGAGGGUUUUCUUACAAGAUUUUGAAGAAAACGAUCAGCUUUUAGUAGCGUGGUUGGCUACAGAAUUUCCUUCCAUUCUCAAGCAUGCAUUGGGAUUCUGAUGGUGCUUUAGUGUUCACCACGUUUCUUAUCCGAUUCGUUGGUGAUUAUAAAUGUCAUUCUUUACUGGAAGCGAAUUAGUUACACCCAUUGCUGCGGAAAAAAUAUAGAACAAAGGCAGGUUUAAAGCAUGGUGUCAGUGAGAUAAUCUGUGAGACUGUGAUGGUAAGUCAGGUUGGGGAACUGACUAGAUUGCUUUAGGAGGUACAGAAGAUCGAGUGUUUUAUCAGUGCGCAAUUAGGUGGUCGUUGUGCUGUGACAUUUCUAUGGAUGAGAUUCUGAAAACACAUGUGAAGGGUAUACAACGUUACAGCGUGGAUUUUCUGCUUGAAGAAAGGCUUUUCGACUUUGGCUAUGCAGGCGAUAACACACAGAAUACCUAUGUCGCACCUUAUUAGUUGGCAGUUACCGUCUACAAACAUUCAAAUGAAAGUCGUAUUAAAAGAUUGGUAGGUGCCCUGGCUGGUAGAAGUAGUCGUAAGCCCGUGUAUCAAAGUACAUGUGUUGACGUUAGCGGAGGCGUGACUAGCGUAGUUUUUAGCGAUCUGGAUCACAAUUAUUGCCUUUGUCGUGUUGUUCUGUAAGUCACAGGUAAUAAAUAAUAUUGCACUAAGUUUGUGUUUUAAUGACAAGAAAUCAUCAGCAAUACUGCUGUCCUUUUUCAGAAAUAAUAAUAUCUUUAGAUACUAAUACUUUCUAAAUCGACAAAAUGUAUUUGUCAAGUCAUUUCUGUUGUAUCCCAAUUGUAAGUGUUUUAUUAAUAAAUGUAUUUAAAAAGUAGCUUAUUUUCUUAAUGUGCUAUUUGCACUUUUUCGACUUCAGUAAGACUUUGUGUAAUCCAUUUAGAGGUGUGUAUACCUUUUUUAGUUAUUCUACGAUUUUGUCAUUCACUGAAAAGUGAAAUUCCUAAUUAUUUAUAUAUUCAAUCGGAUAACAAUUCGUGACGCUUAUUACUCUCUGUCAUGACAUAAUAAAUAAGGCAUCUCUAUGAUAUUUAGAGAAACAGUGAGUCUUUUAUAUCAGUUAAGGGUGGGUCUUCAGUUAUUAUUAACACUUUGUCACUGUUGUUAUAUCAGAUAAACCUAUCUGAUAUGAAAUGAAAUGUGAAUAUUCUUUUUUGACAGAUAUUUUUGUCAGACUAACAAGGGCAAUAAUUUAUUAGCUUAGACCUUGUAUAUAUAUAUAUCACAUUAUCACAAAAUAGUAUACUUUCUACUCGAAAUCGACAGAGUUCACUUACUUUGUUAGACUGAUUAUUUACUGAGAACACUGUAAUUCACAAUGCAUGACAAUAUGUCCCCUAGUAAUUGUAUGAAAUGAUCUUUUAUCUGUUCUUAGAGAGGUAUAGAAAGAAACUAUAAGCGUUGCUUUUUCGUCGUGCCGUACUUUACAGUUUUAAUAGGGAUUUCAAAGAUGUAAGGUGUCUAUCUAUCUUUUAGAAGGUGUUGGGUAUGCAUGUAUGUUUGUGUAAAUUUGGUUCUAAGUAGUCAGUAGAACUAGUUUGUGUAUGCUUGUAGAAACUGAUCCGCUUAGUUUGUUUCUGACGCUUAUACACCAUCGAUAUUUGAUGCUGAAAAGCAUUAUAAAAAGUUCACUGUAAUCAAAGUAUUUCAUUGGUCUUUAAGUGUUAUGUACAACAUUCUCUACAAAUCACAGGACAUGUGAUUACUUGGACAAUACUAUAUACAGUUGGAGUUCACCAGGAUAUAUAAACCUUAGACAAAGGAUCAUUUCUGUAUUAAUUUGUCCCUGAUAAUGUGCUCUUUUUCUUUGUAGCAUUUGACGGAUUCAGUAGUUUUCCUCAAACAAUAAUUCAUUUCGUGUGUCCAUUGAAAGAGUGUGAAACAACAACAGCUUCUACUUACCUUUACUGAAAGCCUCAUCGCAUUAUUUUUGACAAAGGAAUUAUACAGAGGAUCGAUUUCUUUCUUCCACGGUUCUCCAACUGUACAUCAUUCUGUAACUCAAACAGUAUAUGCAAAUCAGCAGAACCUCAUGGGAAAUUCCAAACAAAUUUCAAACGCAACCAAUUCACUUUCUCUUAAAACAAAAUCCUAAUCUGUUUGUUGCAUAAGUAAAUUAAUUAUAACUAAGAUUUCAAAGCGAGUAAUGCUACUACAUUGUGAAGUUGUACACAGGUGUAAUCGGCUCCUUGUUAUCUUUUUGUUCAAAUACGUAUGAAACUGUGAUAAUGACUAUCUGUUUUUUUCUUUUACCAUCAAAUAUAUCGGAUAUAUUGGUGUUC